CUAAGCAGCAAUCAGUCCAACAGACAACUUCACCUGAAUCCUUUGUGAGUUCAGUAGCAACGUCAACUAAAAGUGUAACAAAAUCAACCCAACCAUUUGAGACUACAGUGCGAGAAACAACUACUAGGAACUCAGUAAUAAGCAGCAGUCAAAGUCUGACAUCAACUGUAGGACCAACAACUCCUCGUACAUCAGCCCCUACUUCAGUUAAGCAAGUGUUAAGUUUGGGACCGACAAUGUCAACUUACGCCUCAACAACAACACCGUUAACAGUAUCAACUCCUGUAAAAACUACAACUGCACUCCCAACAACUAGAGGAACUUCACCAACAACCACAUUAUUUCGUACUCUACUGCAGUCAUCAAGCACUCUGACAAAUCCAACAAAAUAUUCACUACAGACAACUACAGAGUUAGCAACAACAAAAGUGAUUUCAACUACCCUGAGUAAAGCUCCCUCUACAACACUGAAACAACUGAUCUCAACUGCAACUUUAAGUACUACUUCUAAGGCUACCACAAAACCACUGGCUACAACUACCACUACUACAACAAUUACUGUCCCAAUAACAACAGUAUCUAAUGAUCCCCCAAAAGAAGAAGAAGGAUACCUUUAUCUACGCUUCAGGAUGGUUCGUGUUUUCAUCAUAGAAUACAGUGAUCCAUCUUCAGCAGAAUAUCAGAUACUGGCAAAGAAUGUGACAACUGAGCUGAAUAGAGGAUACAAAAUAAUGUACCCUCUGACCUUCAGAAGAGCCAUAAUCAUCAGCUUUUGGCCUGGCUCAGUUGGAGUGACCACACAGUUGAUUUUUGAGAACCAGACAGUGGUGCCCAACAUAACAGACACGGAGCAGUCCCUAAAGACAGCUAUUAAUGAAUCUACUGUCUUCUUGGAUAUUAUUCCAUACAGUAUUAUAGCUGAGCAACAAAAUGUCACCACUACAACCAUCAAUGCUGAAACCAGUACAACCACCAGUGCGGCAACCACAACCAACACAAAACAAACAACUACAAGAACGGCUAGUCAAACUGCAGCCAACACUACUUCCAACAGUGCAACAGCAAGGAACAGACCCAAAGAAGUGGUCACUUUACUUCUCCCUUUUAUCCUGAUCUACUUCCUUUUGACAGAGCAAGGACUAUUACUACAUUAAACCCUCAAAUCAAGGAUAUUAGUAUAGGGUUAAAGCAAGUAUUAGAAAUGUAUAUCAUAUAUAAUCAUGUUCUUAACAUCUAUGAUUGUUUUUCCAACAUACGUUAGCCAAAUUUUCCUUAGUAUACAAUUACAUUUCUGCAGGCUCCAAUAGACCAUGUUUAAGAAAUCUAAAACAAUAUUAUGGUAAAUCAUGAGUGUUUGUUAUUUAAAUAGGCUUAUUUAAUGUAAGGUCUUCCCUUUUGUAAUGAUCAAAUAACUAUAAUAUAAAUGUAAAAUGUGGAGAUUGUAUUGUCUUAAAUAGGUUAAUUUAAUUUCUUAUCUUUUGUAUUAUAUUUAAUGGGAUGCAUUAUUUAUUUAACGUAAUUAAUCAGUAUACAUCUAUAAACAUUUUGCACAAAACUUUAAGCAGAACGUUUGCACACUUAUCUGUUUUGAGUCUUCUGGACAAUGAUUUUAAUGUUAAAUGAAACAUUUUUAAAAAAUGUGAGACA